GCCCCUUUCUCCAGUGUACGCGUACAGUGCGAGCCCGGAGUUGCGAUGCCCGAGAUGGCAACUUCUCCAACUUCUUCCCAUGGCGGCCAUCCAAAGCCCUCUCAACAUGUCUUGCUCCGGCACGGCCCCGCGAAGUCGAGAUGCCUCCCUAUGUCCCCCGGAAGCGCAUGCACGACGGUACUCCGCCGCCGGGAGCUGAGCCCGACAAUGGCCGGGAGACCACGCGAAGCGGGCUGGCUGCGCCGCCGCGCAAACCGACGCUGUUCGAUGAUCUCGACGCCAGCUCGACACCGCGCUCCUCAACAAGGCAUACCUCGUCGCUAAUGGCCCUAGACGAUAGCCAGGAUGACGAAAGUUCGCUGUCGUCCCUAUCGGAUGCCCUCUUCGACGAUGUUCCCCUCGCGAAGCGACCGAGGGUGCAGGUGCCCGACGCUGAGGACAAGGACGAGGACGAGGACGAGGAUGACGAUGACGAUCAAGAUAUUGAAUUCGAGGACGUCGAGGCGCCGCGUAUGGGCUUGUCAGACAUGCCGGUACCUUCUGGCGACCUUGAAUUGACCUUGAUACGGGACACGAGGAUAUCACUGGCAAACGUGCUGGGUAAAAAGGGUCCGACGAAGCUGGAACGCAAGAUCCGCUUUCACACACAUUGUGUGCAUGUUCAGCUUUUACUCUGGCAUAAUUUCAUUCGCAACGCCUGGCUAUGUGAUCCCGUGGUUCAGGGCAUCAUGCUGUCUCACUUGCCCCCGAGGCUGAGCAACGAGGUGGAUAAGUGGAGGGCCAAGAGCGGGCUGGAAGUGCCGGAGGAGACGCCCGAGAGGACUAGAUCCAAGAGAGAUCUGAAGGGGAAGGGGAAGGCGUCAGCGCGCCAGUCUCGAGAUUGGAGCUCCACGUCACAGCGCCUAGAAAGAGGCGCCGUAGACAUGAGCCAUGGCGACCCCCUGUUCAAGCUGGUGAAAUACUUGGCCGCAUGGUGGAAGCAGAGAUUCCGUGUCACCGCACCCGGCUUAAGGAAGUGGGGGUACAUGCCCCUCGAGAGGCUAGACCGCUUGACGAAGGCCUUUAAGCAGGACGAGCAUGACCAGGACAGGUUCGGGGAGCGGAUCCGGAAUCUCGAUGAGUUCCGGCAGUGCGCGCAGGAAUGCGUCGGCAGCCGGGACGUCGGGGCGCAGCUCUUCACCGCUCUCCUGCGAGCGUUGGGUUUGGAGGCUCGUCUGGUUGCUAGCCUUCAGCCUUUAGGCUUCGGCUGGAACAAGCUCGAGGAGGCGGAUCCUGAGAAGGACGGAUUCAGCUCCGGACAGACCCCGCAAAAGAAUGCGGAGGUUGCUUCCCAGAAGGGGACAGUCGCCAGGAAAGCGGUCACGGCCCGAACCGCUAAGGGCAACCCUAGCCGAGCAUCGAGACGAAACGCGAAGGCGAAACAGGAAGAGGCGCUGAUGGAUUCUGGGUUACUGCCUGUGGACGACAGCGACGAAGACCUGGCGAUCCAUGUGCCACAACCACCACAGGGGAAAAGUAAAGUCUACGACGCCGAUCUCGAGUUCCCCCACUACUGGACCGAAGUCCUGUCCCCAGUGACGAACAAAUAUUUGCCCGUCGACCCGAUCGUCAAGUCUGUGGUCGCCACAAACAGAGAGCUCGUGGAGUCGCUGGAACCCCGCGGCGGCAAAGCCGACAAGGCCAAGCAGGUCAUGGCAUACGUUAUCGGAUACUCUCAGGACGGAACAGCGAAGGACGUCACAGUGCGCUACCUCAAGCGGCAGAUGCUGCCUGGCCGGACUAAGGGGGUGCGUCUGCCUGUUGAAAAGGUACCGGUUUACAACCGUCAUGGCAAGAUCAAAAGAUAUGAGCAGCUCGACCGGUUUAAACCCUUCUUGAGGGCCUACAUCCGAGGAGACCAGAAGCAUCCCAUCACGGAGAUCGACGAGGAGGAAGAUGCCACGGACCUGAAGCCCGUCAAGCCCGAGAAGAAAGACGUCAAGGAAGGCGAAGAAACGCUCCAAUACUUCAAGCAAUCCAAAGAAUUCGUCCUCGAGCGCCACCUCAAGCGGGAAGAGGCCCUCCUCCCCGGCGCACGUCCCGUGCGGAUGUUCAAGAACAAGUCCAAAGGCGCCGGCCCAAAAGAGGAGCCCGUCUACUCGCGCAAGGACGUGGUGCAGGUCAAGAGCAUAGAGACGUGGCACAAGCAGGGCCGGGCGCCUCUUCCGGGAGCCGAGCCGCUGAAGCUCGUGCCCUACCGCGCGGCGACGACGAACCGGCGGCGCGAGCUCGCCGAGGCCGAGGCGGCCACGGGCGAGAAGGCGCUGCAGGGCCUGUACAGCUUCGACCAGACCGACUGGAUCAUCCCGCCGCCCGUCGAGGACGGCGUGAUCCCCAAGAACGAGUACGGCAACAUCGACCUGUUCGUCCAGCACAUGCUGCCCGCGGGCGCCGUGCACGUGCCCUACCGCGGCGCCGCGCGCGUGGCCAAGAGGCUGGGCAUCGACUUUGCCGAGGCGGUCGUCGACUUUGAGUUUGGCCACCGCAUGGCCGUGCCGGUGAUCCAGGGGGUGGUGAUCGCCGAGGAGCACCACGACCGCGUGAUGGAGGAGCUGGCCAAGGACGAGGCGGAGAAGCAGCGGAAGGAGGACGAGAAGAGGCGCAAGGCGGCGCUGGCGAUGUGGCGGAAGUUUAUCAUGGGCUUGCGCAUCGUGGAGAGGAUCAAGCAGGAUUAUGGGCAGGUCAGCGAGGAUGUGGAUGUUUUUGGCCGGGGAGCUGGCGGCCACGCGAGGGAUGAGGGAGAGCUGCUCGGUGCUGCAGCGGAGGAUGCUGAUAUGGGUGGUGGAUUCCUGCCCGAGGGCUACGAAGAGGAGGAAGAGCCGGAAGGGACGACCAGCUUGACGUCGGGAUUCUUUCCUGUUGCGGAUCAGGAAGACGGCGAUGAAGAUGCGCUCGAGGUUGACCAUGGAGAAGGUCCGCACGGCCAGGCCGCGGCGCCUGCCAAGUCGGUCAUGAGCACAAUGCCGAGGCGGGGCCCGGCUGUGACGGCCAAGACGACGACAAGUCGGCGACGGAGGCGACGCAACAUACCUUCGGGCUCGGAGGAGGAGGAGGAGGAGGAGGAGGAGGAGGAGGAGGAGGAGGAAGGGGCAGCUUCAAGUGACGAAUAAGCCGCUGUUCGCAGUAAGUUUACAGGGUCAAUUUAGACUAGGGACCCGGCGAAGGAGAGAGUUGACUGUGGUGGCCCGCUCGUU